AGGACCAUCGCCUGUUUUAGCAGAGACCGUGAACAUCACAUUAAUUACAAACAGCUCGAUUCAUUUAGUGUGGGAUUCUGUAAUUCCCGAAGAUGCUGGCGGUUAUGACGUCAGCUGCAACUGCAGCAGCCCAAAUGCAAACAAAUUAACAACACCAACAUCAUCGUCUUCCUUACCGUCGGCAUCUUGUACUGGACUAGACCCAGGCACAUUCUGCUCUAUCUAUAUUCAAACUUAUAUCAUGAAUUACGAACAUGGAAAUCUUACUGGCGAAAAUAUGUUUAUACACUUGCAAAAUAGCACAAGCGAAGAAGCACCAGGGAUUGUCUCUUAUGCGAAUGUGUCUGAUUUGAAUUCGACAUCAGUAACAUUAAGUUGGCAAAUUCCCGAGUUUAGAAACGGUAUUAUACGUCAGUAUGUUUCUGUUAUUAAGACAGAAGACACUCCGUUUGUAUUUGAGACUCUGUGGCAAUGCAUCGACUGUUCAGGAUCACAAACAAUUGAUGUUCUUACCAACAAAACAGUCGAGUACAACAAAUCCCGUACAUCUUUCUCUGAUAACGUUACGGGCUUGCACCCAUUUAGAAACUACACGUAUACGAUUUUAGCUUAUACAGUCAAAGAAGGACCGGGGGUUAUACAUAUAUUCCAAACAAUGGAAGAUAUUCCAGGGAAACCAGUUAAUGUGAGUUCCGUUCACAUAGGCAAAAAUUCAAUUGUACUUACAUGGAAGCCGCCGAUUGAAAGAAAUGGAAUAGUGUUGAAAUACACAAUCACGUACAUGUUCAAAGAGCGUGUUUGUCGUGGUUUAGGUGGCUACACGUCAAAAUAUAUACCCGUUAACAGCACAUCAUAUUCCUUGAUGGACAGUAUUUACCCACACUGGAAUUACAGUAUAUGGAUCAACGCUUCUAACAGCGUUGGUACGGGGAACGUUUCUGACACCGUUGAUAUUUCGACUAGAGAAGAGAGGCCUAGUAGUGAUAUCGACAGCAUUUCAAGCGCCAUGGUAACGUCAAACAAUGCAACAAUAAACUGGUCGGAUCCUUGCUAUAUGAACGGAAUAUUAACCGCUUACUUUGUGGAAUUGAACAACACGGCAGGUGAAAAUCAAGGUUUUGAAGAGUGGAAAAUAGAUAAACGAAACAUAGUUUUGGACGGACUUUUGCCAUUCAGAAACUAUUCCGUCCGCGUAAAAGCUGCCAACUCGGCGGGGAACGGAACUUACAAUGCUCCGCACGGAUUUCAAACCAAGAUAGACGUUCCCGAUUCACCAUCUGAUGUAACGACAGGUUAUGUCACAUGUUGUUCGAUUGAGGUUAGGUGGAAAAGAGCAUUAAACUACACGGGGCCAACACAGUACACGGUUAUAGCGACGGACUAUCACAAUACAUCCAUUGAGUUUAUCAAUACAACACAUGUUGGAUGGUGGACAGAUGAACUCGCCAAUACGAGUGUGGUGCUAGGCCUUGAUCAGUUUUGGAGAUAUUCAAUAAAGGUGAUUGCUGAAACAGCGUAUGGCAACCUAACUUAUAGACAUAUGUCAACUCCUGUUUUAAUCACAACCGCAGAAGAUCGUCCAGGAAAGGUGCAAAAUCUUAAUGUUACAGCGGAAAAAGAUCUUCAGAAGCCAAGAAAAUUGCACGUGUCAUGGGAUCCACCAAUUGAAAGAGACCUUAACGGAAUCAUUGUUCACUAUGAAAUAUACUGUACGAAUGGAAACCAAACCAUUGUUACCACACCCAGUAAUCGUUCACUGAUAAUACCGCUAUCUAUAGACAGCGUUACGAAUGUAACGGUUCAGGUUCGGGCAGAGACAAUCGUAGGUAUGGGAGAACAUGAAGAAUCGACAGUUGAAAUGGACCCUGGAAGUAAAGCUGGGAUUUCAGCUCCCAAUCUCAUGCCUGCAAUAGUUGGUGGUCUUGCUGCAGCUGUUGUGGUUAUUGUUAUUGUUGCUGUUUUUGUGUACACAAAGCGAACCAAUAGAGUGUGUUUUUCUGCUAAUUCGAAGACAGUGGAAUCAGUUCAAAUCGUGAAAGAGAUAGAAAUCUCUGAGUUAGCUACCGAGUAUGUCUUCAAGACGGGUACAAUAUCAUUGGCCGCAUUCCCCGAUAAGGUAGACAAAAUGCAUAAAGACAGUAAUCUACUUUUCGCAGAUGCAUUUAAGAUGUUGAAAGACAAAAGUCCUGCCUAUCCGUCCACGGCGGCUGAAUCCCAGCAGUGCAGACCCAAGAACCGUUACACGAACAUAAUGCCAUUUGACCAUUCCCGUGUGAAGCUUCAUGCUGUGGAUGACGUCGAAGGAUCAGACUUUAUCAAUGCAAAUUUUAUCCCUGGAUAUACAUCGCCCCGAGAAUACAUAGCGACUCAGGGUCCAAUGCAGAUGACAUUCGAUGACUUUUGGCGCAUGGUCUGGGAACAGAGUGUGGACACGAUUGUCAUGCUGACAAAACUGGCGGAGAAGGGACGAAACAAAUGUGAUCAAUAUUGGCCGACCUUGAAAGAACCAGUGUUCUACGGUGACAUUGCUGUAUCCAUCAAAUCCGAGUCGAACCUCCCCGACUAUACCCUUCGGAUUUUCGAAAUCAAACCUUCGAAAGGACCUAGCCGAAUUGUGAAGCAUUUCUUGUAUCUGAAAUGGCCGGACAUGGGUUGCCCUGACGACCCUCAGAUGUUGCUGGAUUUUGUAAAGUCUGUCCGGGAUCACACGCAAAGACCUGAUAGGACAAAUCCAACUGUGGUGCACUGCAGCGCUGGAGUUGGCAGAACCGGAACGUUUAUAGCCGUAGAUCAUCUUCUGCAACACAUUCGUGACCAUGACGACGUCGAUAUCUUCCAACUUGUUCUGGAUAUGCGCAAACAUAGGUGUAACAUGGUGCAGACUGAGGACCAGUUUAUCUAUAUCUAUGAAUGUCUGAAGACUUUUAUCACCAACGAUGAAGAUCAAGCGGAACCGUUAUAUCAAAAUUCAGAAUUUGGUGCGGACAAUAUCUACGAAAAUGCUGGCUUUCAGACUGACCUAUAACUGAUGAUGUUAUAAAGAUAAAUGGAAAGCACACUUGGAAAUAACAAAGUUGAUCAGGGCAGUAGUACCAUUAUGUAUAAUGUAAUUUUUAGGCAAUUUCCACAACAUUUGUUUCUAUGAAACCAAAACAACAAGUGUAUCAAAUAGUUUAUGUUCUACAAUCUGCUAUAGAGGUAUUACGCAUAUCUCUUUCUUUAACGUAGGAAAUGACUUAAAAAUGUGUAAUAGACCGUUUGCAAUGCUGACUGACUCAUAGUCAGGAGGCUUCGAAAUUA